UCAUUUAAGGCUUUAGUAAAAAGAACAUAUAGUUAACAAAAAGCUUUAUAUAGCAGGCUGAAAGCUGGAGGCUGUACACUCUGGGAGUCACCAUUGGAACAUGGGAACCAAACAGGCUGACAUGUGUGCAGGUGGUCAGAUCAGCUUUCUGCUGAGGGCAGCCCUGCUCUCUGUCCUGCUGUGCAGCCCGCAGACGGUGCUGUCAGACUCGGACGAGGCGGUCCUGACCGAGUGGGACAUCUGGAAAAAAAGUCACGGCAUAAGCUACGAUGAAUUGCAGGACGACAUGCAGCGGAGGGCCAUCUGGGAGGACAACAAGCGGAAGAUUGAGGACCACAACCAAGGCUUUCUCACCGGGAGGAGGUCCUUCAGUCUGGCCUUGAAUAAAUAUGGAGACCUUACGAUGGAAGAAUAUCAAAAUCUGCAGGGAGCCAUGAUCAAUGCCCAGUUUGUGGCCAGAGGGAGGGAGGUUUCAGCUAGAAGACUGCGCUACAACGCUAAAAAGCUUAAUACUUGGUUUGUUGACUACAGGAGCAUGGGCUAUGUCACCGAGGUUAAAGAUCAGGGUUACUGUGGUUCGUGUUGGGCCUUCAGCACCACAGGAGCGAUAGAAGGACAAGUCUUCAAGAAAACGGGUCGGCUGAUGUCUCUGAGCGAGCAGAACCUGGUGGACUGCUCCAAACCGUACGGCACCUACGGCUGCAGCGGCGCCUGGAUGGCCAACGCCUAUGACUAUGUGGUCAGCAACGGUCUGCAGACGACAGAGACCUAUCCGUACACCUCGGUGGACACACAGCCUUGUUUCUACGACAGCAGUCUUGCAGUGGCGCAUAUCAGAGACUACCGCUUCAUUCCCAAAGGAGACGAGCAGGCGCUGGCCGAUGCUGUGGCAACCAUCGGGCCAAUUACUGUAGCCGUCGAUGCCGAUCAUUCAAGCUUCCUCUUCUACAGCUCAGGGAUUUAUGACGAGCCCAACUGUAACCCUGAUCACCUGAGCCAUGCGGUGCUGGUAGUUGGCUACGGCUCCGAGGAUGGUCAAGACUACUGGCUAAUCAAGAACAGCUGGGGAAGCAGCUGGGGUGAAGGUGGAUACAUGAGGAUGGUCCGGAAUGGCAGGAACACGUGUGGCAUUGCAAGCUAUGCAUUGUACCCAAUAUUGUGAAUCUGAAAACUCUAAAGAACAUCAUUUUGAACAUAAAAAAACACAUUUACUUUUUUCUAUUUUAAGAUAAGCAGUUUGUGAACCUGUUUGACAUCAAGCUUUACAGGGAACGCUUUGCCUCUCAGGGACUUAGAAGAAAUGAUAAUUUGGGAGUAGAUUUUUCUAAAGUAUUUCUGUUUGUAAAACUUAUUGAAAAUAAAACUGGAAUUUAAAAUGAAAUUUGGAUGUUUAACCUUGGACAGAGAUGAAAGUUUUUAUUAAAGUCCUUUUAUGCACAUGGGAAAAAAUGCCCCCAAACAUCUGUUUCUUUUCCUCGCCGGGAAAAUGUCCGACCAUCGUUCAAUUAUUGGGUCAGAUUGAUGCUCUGAAAAACCUCGGUGGACAAAGUGAGCUUUGUCACAUUUUCUGGUCCAGAGCAGUGAGAUAUAAAUCUAACAGAUGCUUGUUUUUCUCAAAGGCAAAACAAAUAAUUCUCACAGAGAUAUUUGAGCAGCAC